AUGUCCGGUCCAUUGGGUGGCCACCAGGGCUACACCAAAACGUUCGGGCCAGCUGGUAGGGGCAAGAAACGAUUUGUGACCAAGGGCUUCAAGCUUGGAAGUUACGUCAUCAUCAAGUACAAGCUGGGACAUGAGACGUUCAUUGAGUAUGAGGGGAAGAUCGUCGACAAGAGGGUGGGCAGCGAGGAUAAAGAGUCUUAUGUGGAACUCAAAGAUUGUCUGACCCUCAACUCAGACGGAAAGAUUCUAGCCAUCGACAAACUGAAACGCUUGACUGACUCCUUCAUUGAGGAGUGCCGCUUCGCGGAGAAGCGAGAAACUACGCCACAAGUAGAAGUUGCGCAAGAAGACGGAGCCGCCCAGGCAGACCCUGAAGCGGACGAGGCAGCGACUGGCAUGAUGAUGCCAGGAAUGAUGCCUAUGAUGCCUGGGAUGAUGAUGCCUCCCAUGAUGAUGCCACCCGCCAUGAUGCCUGGUGUUAUGCCAAUGAUGCCUGGAGUUGUGCCGAUGCUUCCAAUGAUGAUGCCGGCCAUGGCAGUGGCAAAUCAAGGCGAUCAAGUGCAGUCUCAAGGCAACUCUGGGAGCAGAAGUAGAAGCCGAAGCAGAGGCUGA